AUGACCAGCCUGAUAAGAGCAAAGAGACUUGGCCCAGAAGGACCUCAACCCACUGGACUCCUACUUGAGCUGAAACCAGAGACUUUGCACUCACAGCUGGAGCACCUUGAGAGCAAGAGUCUACCAAGGUCUGUUACUAUUGCGCAAUACUAUGACCUGACCCCAAACAAGAGAAGUAAUCUUCGCAUCAAUGAUGAGCUAAUUCCCAAACCAACAGACAUUGACAUUAGUGAGAAACUAAUUAAGGUUUCCAUUCAGAGAGAGCACCCAUACCAAUCCCACAUCUCCCGCUGUGCCAUAUUCCCCACCUACCGCUGCCCUGAUGAUCCACACACAGGUGUACGGGCUGCUACUAAACUCCCUCUCAAUCCCCUCCUGCCAGCCAGUGCUCCACAGGUCACUCUCCUCAAUAAAACAAAAGGCGCACCUUACCGUCAUGAACUACUUGAUGUUUCCAUGGCAACUCAAAGGAAUGUUACAACCUGGCCUGGACAAAAUGGCUUUCAGAAUCACACCAAGCCAGUAAAAGGAGAGAUGCAGGUGUUUUACCCCAAGGCUCCAAAAACUCUAUGCCCAAACAUGACUCUGCGAGACUGGAAGACCACACUGUCUGAUCGCACUGCCAACAUGCUGAGCAACCUGGAGAAGGUCCAGUGGCUCACUUCAUAUCAGUUACACUACACAGGCACUGGGCCAAGCAACCCAAUAAAACUGGAUGACUUCAAUGAGAAGACAAUUGGCUUCAUUACAGGAGAAAUUAAUCCUUACAUAGCACAACUGAGGGAGAGAUCUUACCCCACCUUCCUGCCCUCUCGACCACUGGAGGGUCGCAAGGCCAGGAUCCUGCAAAACAGUCGUCCUCUGGAGAGCAGAUAUACUUCCCCCUCACUUUCCUCACCCACUGAAUCUCCUGGCUGGGGCCUGGUCUCUACACAAACUCUUGGAGCUCCAGAGGCUUUUGCUGAGAAGAUUCCCAAUCAGUCUAGACAUUAUGCAAGUGGUAAAUCAGAGGUGUUUAAACCCAAUGAGGACAAUGAAUCUGGUCAACCAAGACACACUGAACGAUUUAAUAGUGCAGUUUAUGCAUGUGAGCUGUGUUGGGAGAGAAACUGUGAAUGUAGGGUUAAGCUAUCUGAGCCGGGCUCCACUGAACCACAACCAACCAUCAAGACAGAAAAGACCAAACUAGAACCAUUUUUUAGACAAAACAUCUUUCAGCCUGCAUUACAAGACAAGGAACACCAAGCAGGCCCAGGAAAUCUGUCCAACAGCAAAGUCCUUAAGCACAUGGCAGGGAGAAACCCAUUUGAGCUCAGCAAGUUUGCACCAUCCAUUGUGGAUAAGAGAGAUGGGCUUGUAGCUUUGGAGCAACCACUGAAACAGUCAGUGGAAGAAAAACAGAGGGUCAGUGGGGUUUCUCAUGCUUCCUCCUGCAUCCAGCCCCGCUCAUCCAGCGCCCCCUUCAGGCAUGGAGGGAGGACAAGCAGUAGGGAUGUUGAGAAUGGACUAUUUGGCUCCCGGUCUGCUCUGCUGGAACUUCAGGAUUCUUUCAGCCAGUCGGAGGCCCACCGUCACUUCCAUGAGACCCUGCAAAGCACCAGCAUGGACCUAAGGGACAACCAUCAUUCUGGGAGAAAACACUCCUUCUAUGGCUUCAACUCAUACUAUUUCCAUAACUAA